GAGGUUUAUCGGCGGUUUAAAAUAAAAGCCGUCAUAAUAGUACUCAGCCCUGCCUCUGUAUGUGUGCAUGUGGUGGUGGGGCUUUUGUGCGGCACGGCGCUCCCCUCCCUCCAUGCACACGUACAGUGGGAAAAGCCUGGAUGCAGCAGCGGUAGUUCUGGAACAGAAAAAAGGCCCGGAGGUGGGGAGGGAAGAGCCUUUCGCCCCUCACACCUUCCGCCAACAACCUCGUCUCUUGAUUGACAGCUAUCGUGCGUAUUGUUAUCGCCGGCACGCGCGCGCUCCUCCCUCCCUCCUCCCGCAGCUGCCCAUUAGGGCUCCUCGCGCUUUGCUUUGAGCCGCUGCCGCUUUAGCGAGGGAGAGCGCAGACAUGGCGGCGCCCUGUGAGGAGCCGCCAGCUUCCCCCUGCCCUCUGCAGGCUCCCGGCUGCCUGUGAGGAGGAAGAGGACGACGACGGGGAUUGCGAGGAGUUCCCACUAGUGGCGCUGGCGUUGAGGGGCCGCGCCCUUUCCCGCCCCCCGCCGACCGGACUCGCUUUCCGGAGACCGGGUGCAAAAAAGUUGCUGUCUUCCUGCGCUCGAAGCCUCCCUCUCGGCCAGGCAGGGUGGAGAAUUCAAGGAUGCGUUCCAGCCAGGAAAGAAGGACCUCUUGCUUCUGUUUGGCUUUGCAGAACUUGAAGCUGUAGUCUCGCCCCACUGCUUUGCUGGCUCUCUGCCCUUUUCUUACACCCUGAAGGCUUAGUCCAAGGACAUCAAGUGAGAACUGAGAAUGUCCCAGGACCCAGGCAGGCCAGAUACAAGUGAAGGAACAUCAGGUAAAUCAGAAGAUAAUCAGCAGGACAACUUGGAUAACUCCGAACAGUCUUCCAGAAAGAAGAUUCGACAGAAUACGCCAAGUCCCAGCAGAGGCAAUACACCUCAAGCCAGCCCUCCUCAGUUUGUGUCAGUGGAGGAGCUGAUGGAAACGGCAAAAGGAGUUACCAACAUGGUGUUGGCCCAUGAAAUUGUCAUCAAUGGAGGCUUCCAAAUUAAGCCAGCUGAAUUGCCAGAAAACAGCCUUGAAAGAAGAGUAAGGGAUAUUGUCCACAAAGCUUUUUGGGAUUGCCUGGAAACACAGCUAAAGGAAGAUCCACCGUCAUAUGAUCAUGCAAUUAAACUUGUGGGAGAGAUCAAAGAGACGCUUUUGUCUUUUUUGCUGCCUGGCCAUACUAGAUUAAGAAAUCAGAUUACCGAAGCUCUAGACCUGGAGCUGAUAAAACAGGAGGCAGAGAAUGGUGCCCUUGACAUUUCAAAGUUGGCAGAGUUCAUUAUUGGAAUGAUGGGAACGCUCUGUGCUCCAGCUAGAGACGAGGAAAUUAAGAAGCUGAAAGACAUUCAUGAAAUUGUUCCCCUGUUCAGAGAGAUUUUUUCUGUGUUGGACUUGAUGAAAAUGGACAUGGCUAAUUUUGCUGUCACCAGCAUAAGGCCACAUUUAAUGCAGCAGUCAGUUGAAUAUGAAAGGAAGAAGUUUCAGGAACUUUAUGAGAAACAACCAAAUUCCUUAGAUUUCGUCACUGAGUGGCUGCAAGAAGCUGCAGAUGACCUGAGAUCCAGAAUGGUGCCUGCUAUUGAUCAUGGUGCCACGUCUACCAGUACUGCUCCUGUGCUCUGUCCUGUUGCUGUACAGAAUCAUGCAUACCUUAAGCUCCUCAAAUGGGAUCAUCUGCAAAAGCCUUUUCCAGAGACUGUGCUAAUGGACCAGAGCCGCUUCCAGGAAAUGCAGCUGGAACUGGACCAGCUUAUUUUAACUGGAGCGAUUCUUCUGGUAACAUUCAAUGCUGCAGGCACAGCGCUUUCAGGCUUGCCAGCAUUUACGGCCAAUCUCAAAAUGGUUAUCCGGGUACUGCUGACAGGUCUACACCUCCCCUCCUUCAACUUGAGUGAAGCAUUGGCUGUCAUAAGUGAAAAGAUUUGUGCUGAAGUUAAUAGCUGCCUUUCCCAACAUGGAUUCACACCUUUCACACUUGAGAAGGAGACGGAGCUUAAAGGACAGAUCCAGGCUGUGGCCAAGCCUAAUAACACUGUGUGCAAACUGAUAGAUUCAAGAAUCCAGUCGUUUCUGGAGAGCUACCUUGCUUCUGGCCAUCAGAAAUCUCUUCCUGCCAUUCCUGGUGGAUUAGGCCCUAUUCAGAAAGAGCUGGAGGAAAUUGCUAUCAAGUACGUUCGCCUUGUUGACUACAACAAGAUGGUCUUCAGUCCUUACUAUGACGCAGUUCUCAGCAAAAUACUGAAUGAAGAAGACUCAUCUUAGCUAUCUGUGAGCAAAACUGGGAAGAUGUCAGACUCAUUGGUAUGCUGCCCUAAAGAAGAUAGGGCAGGAGAAGGCUGUUGCACUCAUGCUUUCUGUCAGAAUGAUGAGGGUUGGGAAACAGAGGCCUCUUUCAGACCCCAGUUGUUUCCUGGGGAUCCCCACAGUCUGUCUUGGUAUCCCCUAUUCCCCACCAGACCCCCUCAAACACAGACCAGUCCUGUUUAGGAACUUAAGUAAAAUUCAACACAGCACAGUUUUAUUUAGGCACUUGUGUGUUGGAGGUAGAGCGAGAAGUUCCAGGAUUUAAAUGUUCACUUCCCCCUGCUUUCACCCAAGUUUAAUAACUGCUCGAAGCCAAUGCCAGUCAGCCAUUGGACUAGUGCAGAGAUGUGCUGCUCCCAUCCCAUCCUGGUCCUUCUGGCUGCUGUGUAUGCAAGUGUGCUUCUUUACAUGGAUCACUGUUAUUUGGAUCAGGGUGGUCAACUGUAUGUGUUGUAGAAAGCUUACAAUCCUUGGGCAACAGCUUUGCUGGGAAUCUUUCACUAAUACAGUAGCGAUGGUUGAGUGGUGAGUGGAUACAUCAGGUGAUGUAAAAGGUACAUGAAAAUACACCAGUUUAGUACUUACUAAUUCAAAGCAAGUAAGAACUGAUGGUGUAUUGACUUUUGAAAUAUGGGCUUGGGGGUAAGACUAAAAUGUUAGAUGUUGAAAUUAUCCUAUUAGCAUGUACACUGAUGCAAAAGGGGCUAGUAAACUUCUCUUUCUAUAUUAAGUUUUAAAUAGUUCUGAAGAUCAUCCCAAAAAUUGUAUCAGUAACUUCAGUUUCCAGAUACUCAAAACUUGGAUAUUGGUAGUUAAAGCACUUUAUAUGCAGUCUGCAACACUCUUAAGUCCUUCUGCCAGCCAGGUUUUUUUCCCUAAAGUAUUUUAUUCUGAACUGCAGAUAUUCUACCAAAAGCGUAUAUAACUAUAUUUUUGUAGAGUGUUUUCUGGUUCUUCUCUACUGCAGUAUUCACAUUCUGUAGACUCUAUAUAUUGUUUCUCCUUUCGAAGUGAAAACAAAAAGUCUGAUGAGGGAAUUUCUUCCUCCUGUAUUGCUGGAGGCAUGAAAUGCUAAUAUAGGUGAGGAAAACUUUGGAUAUCUGAAAAAGUUGGAUAAUGGAGUAUCCAUUUAAGUUCAUUCCGGAAUUUAUCUACAUAUGAUAAAAGCCUGUGAUUUAGGUGAGAAGUUGGGCUAGCUCCUAGCUUAGUAAUAUAAUACUGUGUCCCCAAUCCAAGUGCUCUAUGUACAUAGUUGUACAUUAUGAGCCUACAGCUUAGCAUGCUUGGCAGGGGGUUGGACUCGAUGGCCCUUGUGGUCUAUUCCAACUCUAUGAUUCUAUUCUAUGAUUCUAUGUGUGCUUGCAGAGAGAUUGCUGGCACUGAUCAUGGUGGAUUCCUCCUCCCCACCCUUUUACCUCAUAGAGUAGCCUUUGGAAGGCCUGAUCCAGCAGACAACCCACAGGCAGGAAGUUUCCCUCUGCCCGUCGCAUCCCCCUUGCUGGACUUGGAUGCAAUACUUUUAUUUGAAUGUUAGUGAUUUUAAAUUUAUAGUAGGAAGUGGACUACCUUUAAUGUCCCAUGGAGUUUAUAGAAAACUUUCUGCUAGGUUUUAAAACAAGUGUUUUUUUCAGGAGUUCAUAAACAUGUGACUUAUUGGAUACUUGAGGACAUUAACUGUUUCUUAGGUCGGCUCUCUUGUUAAAAGUUUUCUAACAUCAGAGACAUGGAUGUGUAUGUUGAGUCACAAAUAUGGGAGGCAAAAAUAAUUCUGUGAAUUGGCUUUUGAAAUUGCUUUUGGUUGAAAAGCCACAAUGCACAGUAUGCUUCCUGAAUGUUUAGUAGCUGUUUUAAUCUUAAAAGGGAACAAAGAUAAAAGCCUCUACAUUAGUGCUUAAGUAAUCUCUCUGAAUAAUAGAAUUGCUGUAAAGCAGACCAGCCCCCACCCAUCAUUAUUUGAUGAAACUUCCUCUGUUUAUGGGUUUUUUUAAAAGAGGUUCUCUUUAACUAUUCGGUCCAUUGUGUUUGAAAUGUGAUGCUCGUGAUGUCUGGAUAUACGGCAAAGGUAUAGGGCUAAAAGGUUUUCCUCUGUGAAAAACUGUGGUUGGCACCUACCUGAAACGUAGAUCUAUGAAGUUUGAGUGAGUCUGUGAGGAUGGGUUUUAGGACCCACCAAUGCAGCAAAGGCAAGACAAAUGUCUUGGGAAGGGGGCGGAGCUCCCAGCAUUCCUCAGUCUAUGGACUCGACAAGUGGAAAGCAGGCACUGAAAUUCAAAUGGUUAUGAAAUAGAACAGUAACAAGGACAAACAUACAAUCGUCCCUCCCCAAAAGUAGAACCGCAACAGGAGUAAAUUUGCCUUGAAAGCAAGGCUUGAUAAUUACGCAGCCAACCUAAUCCCAACAAGGUGAUACUUCCAAUCAACUCUCAAAUUUUAUUACACUCAUUGAAUAUGGGUGUGGCCCUUAACUAGCUCACUCACACUAUGGAGACCUGUAUUUCAGGCAGGUGCAAAUUGCACUCAUAGCGGGAGUGAGCCUGUCUGGUUGGGACAUAAAAUGGCUAAUCCCAGUUUGGGCAGGACCUUGACAGUUGAUCUGGGAAGAUCUGCUGAAGGACAGCCUCAACCUCAGCUGAGACAUGCUUGUCAAUUUACUGUAAAAUUGACAUACUUUUAAAUGACAUACUUGUCAAUUUUAUAGUGUUUGACAAAAGGUUUUUGGGGCUACACUCAUAUCUGCUUUACAGAUAUCCUCUAAAGCAGUGUUCCCCAACCUUGGGCCUCCAGCUGUUUUUGGACUACAACUCCCAUCAUCCCUCGCUAGCAAGACCAGUGGUCAAGGAUGAUGGGAAUUGUAGUCCAAAAACAGCUGGAGGCCCAAGGUUGGGGAGCACUGCUCUAAAGGAGCACUGGUGGAAAGGCUGCAGCCCUUGUGGAAUUCACUGCCACAUUUUUUGGUAUUGGAAUCUUUUGAAUUUUGUAUGCAAAGACAAUGCAAGCCUUAGCCCACCUAGCAAGGAUGGAUGUGGAAAUCCUGUGCCCCAGAGUGGGCAGCUGAAAGGACACGAAAAGGGAAUCUGUCUGCCUCAAAUCUCUCUGCAGUAAGGAGGGAUGCUUCUUACUGCGGGUCUUUCCCUGUUCUGCCUCCCUGCCUGUUCAAAUAUGAUUUGUCUGUAGCAUUGUCUAUGCACAAAAUGAUGUGAAUAAGGCAAAACUGAGGGGAGAUGUGCUGAAUCACCAGGUAGGCUGUUGUGAGUUUGAGCUAGUUGACACCCCCCCACCCCAAAAUAGGCUACCUUCACAGGAGACCACAGGGCCUGAAUUGAAAGAUGUUGACAGAGACCCAGCCCAGCAGGCUGUCAUCCAAUGUGAUGAUGGCUCGAGUUGGAUCUUCAAGGGGAGUGCCUUUACAUAAGCUGUGGCUAUUUGUCCGCCAGUGGCCAGCAGAGAUGAUGUGGAAUCGUGAGGUGAUGGUGUCUUCCUGCUGUCACCAGUCACUGGUGAGUGCUUCUAAGGCAGUAGCACCCACUGUGAUGGCUUGGCAUGGAGCUUUGCCCAAGGUGGUGCUUGUGAUGCUGAUAUGCACACCCAAAGGCAUGGGACAGCUGCGUAAUGACCACUUUUUUUGCUGUUAAGGGACUUCUGGUGGCUGCUUUAAUUCAGAUUACUCUGUCCAAUGCUGAGGGGAUAAACCCUCUUACUGUGUCCAGAAGUGUCCCUAGAUGAACCAGUUGUUUUUUUGGAGCUCAGGUGCACAGGGUGAAAUCUAGACAUGUCUCAGUGGCAUCUCCAAAUUGUGCGUGGUCAUCUUUCAGGUGUAAAGUGUGGCAGAGUAGAUUAGCAACAGGAAGGUACUUUCAGCAGUUCUGUAAUGUCAAGAAGUAGAACAUAAAACUUGUUAGCCAAAACAAGCAUAUUUUUUGUACUUCAGCAGAGAGUUCCACUCAUCCUUGGUCACAGAUGUAAA